AUGUCAGGAGCCGCCCCGCAGCCCCUGGGAGCCCGCGAUGGCUUCAGCGAAGCGGCGGCAAUUGGCGCACUUUGCGUCCGUCAAUCAGUAGAGCCACAUAGACUACCCGAUGGCCGCCCAGAGAAGGACGCUGCAUCACCAGGCACAAUACAAGUAAUACGAGGUCGAGCUGAGGUCUGCGCCGAUUUUGGAGGUCCCCCGCGCGGGGCGGGGCGGAAUUUAGCCAACAAGAGCAACGGAAAUCUUCCAUAUUGGGCGCAUGUCAACCGAGCUCGCGCUGUUUCUGGCCAGAGAGGUGGGGCGCGACGCCUUCGCGUGACUUGGAGACGCAGCAAAGCUCAGCGGCCGUGGUCGGCGACGUGGAGAGCACGAUGGGAAAGCCCACGGAUCGUGGUUGCCGUUUCGGCUGCUCCCCAGCCGCAGAGGAUAGACUUGAGGGCAUCCUUUCAAGGGUCAACACGAAGGUCACUGCAGCGCCAAGCUGCCCAAGUCGGGCUGGGAGGAAGGAACGCCUCGUGUCGUGAGAGAGUUGGGCGAGGAUCGUCUGUGCCGCCUCUUGGCGUCGACUUUGUUCUUGCCCAACUCCACCCCGUCUCAUUGAGGCCAUUCCUAGGGCUGGGACGGGUCGCCUUUGGCGCAGCACCUGAUUCGACAGUUGGCAGCGGCAGUGAGCUUCUCGGAAGCUGCCAGAGCUGGGCAUCCAAAGUACGGAAGCUAAGCAAGACCCGUGCAUAA